AUGUCAGAAUCAACCUCGAGCCAAACGAUGACCCGUGUGCCAAUCAGCUCACAGCGUGUGGUCAAGCCAAGCGCCAAGAGGCGACGCCCCCCCGUUGGCCUGCAUCCAAUGCUACCAGCUCGCUGCUCGAAGACUGGAAAUGCCGACAGCUGCACCUACCGUGGCAUCUUAGCAAAAUCUUCGUCAGUGAAUGGAAUGUUGAGCGAUGAUCAUUCGGGGAGCGCCGGCGUCGUGACAACGUCCUCGCGGACUCCUGUCUCAUUGACAGAGAAUCCGGGAAAACCUAGGGCCUCCCCUGACCGGAAUGGGAAAAUGACCCACUUGAAAGGACAAGAGACCAUCACCAAGUUUUAUGGGUGUAGUUAUCCUCUGAACUUUUACCAACAGUUUGCCGAGCUUCGGUCCUACAUCGUUCAAAUAAAGUCCAAAAACCCGAUGAUCAACAUCCUUCGGGACGAGAUUUAUCCUCUAGCCAAUGAUGAUUAUCGGCUUCGUGCGCUGGUGCAUGAUACUGUAAUUGAGGAUACCUUGAGACAAUUGAUUCCCACAAAGCAGGUUGCGGACACAUUGACCCAAACUUAUAUUGAGAGAUUUGAGAUUAUACACCGGGUGCUCAAUAUAUCAGCUUUCAUGGCUGAUUACAACCGCCAUUGGGCUAGUCCACUUUGCACGCCCACUUCAUUUUUGGUGCAAUUCCUCUUGGUGGCAGCAGCCGCUGCAAGCUUUCACCCCGAAAUAUGCAUCAAUGUUAUGAGUCAACAAACCGUCCGUGACCAUGCACUGGAUUGGAUUGAGGCUGCGGAGUCUUGGCUCAAUUCCUCGACUAGUCAGCCUCCGCAAUCCUGGGACACCUUGGCGACUCAUUGUCUCUUGCUCGUUGCGAAACGUGCAAACUAUGCCCAGGAGGAUUCAUUCUGGACAUACACUGGGACACUGGUCCGGUGGGCUAUGGCAGCAGGAUAUCACCGCGAAUCUCCCUCGACAGCAAGAAUAUCACCGUACUAUCGAGAGAUGCGUCGGCGCUUGUGGAUGACGAUCGUUGAGCUUGAUAUCCAGGCCUCCGUAGAACGGGGGAUGCCCCCAAGCGUCAGAAUGGAAGAUUUCAACAUAAAAUCACCGCUGAAUAUCGACGAUGACAAGCUCCAGGAGUCGGGUCAGGAUCCUUUGGAAGGUAUGCCGCUCGCCACAUUCACGGAUACGUCUUUCCAGGCCCAUAUGUACCGCUCUCUACCUGUCAGAUUGAAAGUAUGUGCAUUCGUCAACGGAUGUUACGAGCAAGAUGAUUUUGACCGGGUCUUGCACCUUGGAGAGGAGCUAGAAGAAGCACUCCAGGAUAUUCCAGAAUGGAGCACUGCUCGAGACAAUCCGCGACAGCAGAAGACUACUAUGUACACGAAGAGAUUACUGAGCAUUCACCUGCACCAGUAUACGGUCUUGUUGCACAUCCAGUUUGCAAUCCAAGCUACGCCCUCAUUCAAAUCUGCAAUCUGCCAACGUGCAAGGUUGGAGGCAUCAUUGAAGAUUCUUGAUCACCACCAAAAGCUUAUUCAGGAUGAAAAGGUACCGGAACAAGCUUGCAGGGCUGGAUUGAUACUUGCUGUAAUAAAUGUCUGUCAUGAAAUUUACAAAGAUUUUGGAUCUCAUGCUACGAUGGCAAUAUUUCCCCAAGUCUCGACAUUUCUCGUGGCCACUGUUGAGCAGGCACAACAAAUGUUGGAAAAGAGGCUCAGCUUGACCUUUCACGGAUUAAACGAAUAUUACCUACUCAGUAUGAUACUUGGAUUAAUCAAGUCUAAGCUAUGGCCAGAGUCGCGCGCAAUGUCCGACAAAGAGGCAGCGGAUAGAGUGAUCCAAAUCUGUAUAAAACUGCAGACGCGGUGGCGGGCUGUCAUCCAGUCCGAUCACUCUCUGCUAGGUUCAAUCGAUAAUGGAGGUUUACGUGGGCUUAACUUGCCAGAGGAUGCAAGCUCUAUGAUUCCCGACGGCGCCGAACUACUCGGUUCAAUGUUUUUAGAAGAUCUGGGAUUUAUUGAUGAUAGUACUGGUUACGGCUUUUUCCUUGUAUAA